CUGUAGGUUAGGUGUUGCAGUACCGGCACACGUCACCUCUGCCAGCCUUUUUUAUAAUCGGAUUUUGGGGAGCGUGAGCGCGAAGAUCGGAACACUCCCUCUGGUAUCCAUCAUUUCCACUGUUUCAACAAAACGACGCCCCUCUAACUGUUUCUCGUGAAUUCCAGUUACAGACCUGAUUAAAUGGCCGAAGUUAGUAAGUUGAGGAACAAGUCUCAAGGUCGGAAGUCAUCACCAAGUCUUUUGUCUUGUUCAAGAAAAAAUCUGAAAGAUCUUACGGUAAAGAGCUCUUCUAAAGCAUCCGAGAAGAAAAAUUGGAAAGAUGCAACCUGUUCUGUAUGUAUGGAGGUUCCCCAUAAUGCCAUUCUCCUGCUUUGUUCGUCUUAUGACAAGGGUUGUCGCCCUUAUAUGUGUGCAACAAGUCAUCGCUAUUCAAACUGUUUUGAACAAUAUAAAAAAGCAUACACUAAAGCAACAUCUGUUCAAAGUUUGCAGCUAGAAGCAAAUAAUUCAAAUCUUGAUUUAAACACAGGUGAAUCUAAAGACAACACUGAAGUUCCUGAGCUUCUUUGCCCCCUUUGUCGCCGACAGGUGAAAGGUUGGACAGUGGUUGAAGCAGCAAGGAAGUCUCUAAAUGCCAAAAAAAGAAGUUGCAUGCAGGAUGACUGCUCUUUCGUGGGGAAUUACAAGGAGCUUAGAAAACAUGUUAAGUCUAAGCAUCCAUUUGCACGACCCCGAGAGGUGGACCCAAUAAGAAAAGAAAAAUGGAAGAGGUUUGAGUGUGAAAGAGAACGAAAUGAUGUUAUUAGCACAAUUUUAUCUUCAACACCAGGGGCUAUGGUACUGGGGGAUUAUGUGCUGGAGCCAAAUGACCAUGCUUUUUAUAGUGAUGAGUAUCAUUCAGACGGUGAAUAUCUAGAGGAUGAUUUUUCUCAUGCUUUUUAUAGUGAUGAGUAUGAUUCAGACCUAGAGGAUGAUUUUUUCACAGUUAGGUCCAUUAGCUUGGGGAGAACUGGUCACUUUUUGCAGAACAUUAGAUAUAAUCAGGAUCGUGCUAGAGAUUCUUUCGAUGUUGAUCGCUUUGGUUUUCAGAGUGUCGCAUCUGCAGGUUCUGCUGCUGUCUCUGGACGCAGACUCCACAGGAUCCUGUUAGGAAGUUCUAGAAGACGACGGAGGCAUAGGAUAGCAAAUGCAAGAAGGUAAAUUCAAAGGAAAACUUGUAGGGAAGGAGCUGCACUUCUGCAAAUAGUAUGCCAGUGAUCUUGGCAUGGCUGGUUUUGUUGCUAUGCCGGAGCAAUUUUAUAAUUUAAUUGGCAGAGUAUAGCAGUUCAUCUCAUCUAUAUAUGGCACCGUGACAUUCCCUGUUUUUAUAUAUUUUUUAAAAUAGACUGUACAAAAGGCAAUUAUAGAGUGCUCAUUGCCUCUCUGAAUUCUAAGUGUAGGAGAUCAGCUCAUUAUGAUUGUUAGGUCCCAUAGGUUGGAUUGGUUUUUAUGCGGUUAGGCAAAAUGGUGCAUUGAACAGAAGGUUAGGGACUAGAUGUCCAAAUAAUUUCGUUUUGAACUGAUGCUUUAUUCUUCCAAUGAUGAUUUGCUUUCUGUA